AUGUACCAUAAACUAAGUCAUACUGGUAUUAGACCAUUUAAGUGUAAGAAGUGUGGGAAAAACUUCAAGACAUCUGCUCAUCUUACUAUACAUGAACGAAUUCACACUGGAGAAAGGCCUUAUAAAUGUGAGGAGUGUAGUAAAAGAUUUACACAAAAAUUUAGUCUCACUGUACACAAACGUACUCACAAUGGAGAGAGGCCACAUAAAUGCAAGGACUGUGAGAGACCUUACAAAUGCCAGCAGUGUGGAAAAGGAUUUACACAAAUAUCUGGUCUUGAUGCACACAAACGUACACACAAUGGAGAGAGACCAUACAAAUGCGAGGAGUGUGGUAAAAGAUUUACACAACCAUCUAAUCUCACUAAACACAAACGUACUCACACUGGAGAGAGACCAUAUAAAUGUGAGGAGUGUGGUAAAGGAUUUAUACAACUGUCUCAUCUCACUAGACACAAACGUACUCAUACUGGAGAGAGACAUUAUAAAUGCCAGCAGUGUGGAAAAGGAUAUACACAACAAUCUAGUCUUGCUGCACACAAAUGUACUCACAAUGGAGAGAGGCUAUAUAAAUGCAAUGAGUGUGGGAAGAAAUUUGGACAUAAAUUUACUCUCACUCAACAUAAACAAACUCAUACUAGAAAAAAUCACAUAAAUUUUAAAUAUCAUCAAACUGUCUCUUAA